AUGCCGUCUCGCAAGCGCUCAGCGAAGUCUCCAGCCCAGGCGCCCUCUUCCAACAAGCAGCGCGACGAUAGGGCUCGCCAGAGAGCAUCGGUCCGAGAUCAAGCCCAGCACGGGCAGGAUCUUCGCGAUCAAGCUCGUCGUGAUCAAGAGCUUCUUGAUGGAACAGUCCGCAACAAGGCAAUCGCCGCCAAAGGAUUUCAUCAGAAGAAUCUUCUCAGCAGCAUUACCGAAUUCAAUACGGCUUCCUCACCUUUCCUUCGUCUCCCUGCUGAGAUCCGCAACAUCGUUUACGACUACUUCUUCGAAGGUACCCGCUACCAGUUCGAUCAACACGUGUUCAACGGCUGCUGUUAUGAUGGCGAAGGACCAGGCAACUAUCUUGGAUUGUUUCUCGCCUCCCGCCAACUUUACAACGAGACUUCAUUGCUUCUCUACAAACUCAGCGUAUUCAAAUUUGAUCUUGACGUCACUGAAGACUGCCCGUAUGGGGAAUACGACCCAGAUUGCGAGUAUGGGCAUUGCAUUGCACUGAGAGAUUUCCUGCGUGGUAGAUCCGCAAAGCAGAUGGAAGCAAUCGCUAAGAUUGAAGUCACUGUGAGUUAUACGGGUGACAUAAUCUCCAAUGAGACGAGAACUGGGGGUGAAUGGUCGAAGGAAUUGCGUGAGUGGUGA